AUGGUUGACAAACGUGCAUUCAAUGAAAUGCUCAUUGACGAGGUUGAGAAGCGCCCCAUUCUUUGGGACCUAUCAGAUAAGGAGUAUAAAAAUAAUGACAAGAAGAAACAUGUCUGGAAUACCAUAGGUACUAUCCUGGGAUUUGAAGGACCAAAAGCAACGAAGCGGUGGAAGUCACUACGUGACACUUAUGUUAAAAAGAAAAGAGAUGUCAGUGCCCCAAGAAGUGGAGCAGGUGCGGACGAAGUUGUCGUGGUCUGCUGGGCAUAUUUUAAGCGGAUGACGUUUCUCAACGACACCUUGGAAUAUACACAGAUCAGCGGAAACUUGCCAGCAAUGGAGGACCGGUCACACACAACAGAAGCCUGCGAGCUCUCCCCUGCACAGCUUUUGCUCCAAUAUAUGUGCGAUGACACAAGCGCUGAUGCAAGCAUCCUGCCAGAGUCCCAAGAGCCUAUGAAUGUGACAGAGCCACCGUGCCCAAGUGCAUCGUCAAGCCGUCCAUAUCCAGUUUCUACUAUCGGUAUGAAUGGUGCACCAGGCGCACCUCGGAAGAAACGACGCACCGAGAAGCCAUUUGAUAAAGAAAUCAACCUGCUUGGCCAACUGGCAUGUAAGGAAACAGACUCAGCCGAACACUUCGGCUCAGUGAUAGCCGAGAAGCUCCGCCAGUGCCCAAAGCAACAACGGUCUGCCAUGGAGAUUGAGCUGCUGCAAACUGCGGCAAAGUAUCCACCUUGUGAAUAA